AUGGGCUCUACCCAAAGAGGCACAACAUAUCAUGUGGUCAAGACAAAUAAAACUGGGUCCAGGGUGGCAGUUUCAGCACAGAAAGGGGCCGAGGUUGCUAGCAUGACCCCUCAGCGGGGACAGGGGUACCUUGUCUCCUCGAGCCAGCGGAGUGGCCCAGCCUCCACGAUCCCGACAGGCCAUCGAAGAUCAGAAGCUGGGCACACCACUGCUCUCCAUUUAUCAUCAGACUACCUUCGCUCUAGCUCCCCUCAGUCAGGGCCUGGCCCCUCUGGAGCACUCAACCCUCGAUCCGAGACCCGAUCCAGAACUGAUACAUCCCGCCAGGCCUCUCCUCCUCGAAAGCUGAUUCAGGGCGAGUCGGUGCCCUACACCGGUCAGGUGCCUCAGAACGUCAGUCCGUCCAGAGAGGAAGCAACUAGAAGAGGGGUUGAGACCAGGCCAGGGCGUGACAUCAGUAAUCGUUUCUCGCUAAUUCCAGAGGCCAAAUCCUCUCGCCGGUUGAGUUUUGUCGACCAGAAGGAUGACUUCAUACUCUUAGAAGACGAGCCACCCUCCAAGGUCCAAUACCCACAAGGGGUCAGAGUUCCCCGGAGGCCUUUGAUUUGCCCAAAGGAUCAAGCGGUCCAAACUGAGCCCAUUAGAAAGAGUGUGACUGCUGGGGAUAUCAGAUUUCCAAGGAGACCCCCUAGCCCAGAACAUGGCGGCAACCGCAUCUAUCCAGACUCUCGGUCACCCCAGAGAAGAAUUCCUGGGCCAGAAUAUGAAAUGGGCCGUCAGAACUCAAUUUAUGCAGAACCUAAGGCCUUGCAUAGAAGUGUGAACAUGGAAUCAUCCCUCACAUUCUCUGUCCUUAAAGAUUUGAACAGUGGACACAAGGCUGUGCGCCCUGAGCCUGAGCCCGUCCACAGGCCCUCUGUGUACAACGAAACCAAGUCCUCCCCAAAGGUUUUAAUACCAUCAGAAGUGGAGCCCAGCAUGAAGCCCUCAAUGCGAGGAGAGAGUGAGGGUGGUCGCAGGGUCACCAUCUCCCCCGGGGCACAGUCAGCUUCCCGCGGAACGUCUCGAGCAGCAUCUGAGAGCCCCUUCAAAUCCUCUGCCUUUGUCACUCUGGGGCCCUUCUAUAAGCAACAUACCACAAAACGCUCAGACAGUAUCUACGAGUUCACACGACCCACACUUAGGCCUCCAGAGCCCUCUUCUAGAAAGCACUCGAUCCACGCAGAGCUGGAACUGACCCCUCGGCCCUUGCCCCCUCGGUGCUUACCGAGAUACGGGCCAGACUCCACGUGGUGGGCCUUACUCAGCCCUGAAGGUGAAAUGCCCAACAGUCGGCCGAUAACACCUGAUUUCGAGCCCAAGUCCCCUCCUCCCCCAGACCCUUCACUGCCUUUUUUUGAAAUGGAAACCAGCCCUUUCUGUGAGGAUCUGAUGUUCCAGAGACAGAAGGCAAGUCCAUCACCACUAUCAUCACCAAAGGAGUCUCCGAGUCCGUCACCAUUGAGGGAAGUGCCACAGGCCCCCAAGCACACCUCCAGACAUCCCACUCAAAGGUUUAGUGUUUUCUUCAUGGAUGUCUCUGAGGAAAUGUACAAUCGUGUCUUCUGGUGGCUAAAAGGUCUGUGCUUUUCCCUCCCGCGGGUCCGCUUUGGGGGGCUGGGGGCAGGAGAACAGCCCAAGAUGGACGGUUGA